AUGCCACACAGCUCUGGAGCUGGUUGCGGCUGUGCCCCCGGGGACCCCACCGCACCGGACAGCAGAGAAGCCCCCGAGGAGAGCAGGCCAGACGCCAGCAUGGCGACCACCCGGGACAGCCUGGGGUCCAGCUCCCUGACUGACAGGCAGACGCUGACCAAGGAGUCCCUGAGCCACACACUCGAGCCCCGGGCCCAGGAGAAGGCCAACGAUGUGCAGGUGAAUGGCCCAGAGGAGGCGCUCUGGACCACUCGGGCCGAUGGGCGCGUGCGCCUGCGCAUGGACCCCGGCUGCUCGCAGCUCCCGUACACCGUGCACCGGAUGUUCUAUGAGGCGCUGGACAAGUACGGGGAGCUCAGCGCCCUGGGCUUCAAGCGGCAGGGGAAGUGGGAGCACGUCACCUACUUCCAGUACUACCUGAUCGCCCGCAAGGCUGCCAAGAGCUUCCUAAAGCUCGGCUUGGAGCGAGCCCACAGCGUGGCCAUCCUCGGCUUCAACUCCCCGGAGUGGUUCUUCGCGGCGGUGGGCACUGUAUUUGCGGGUGGCAUCGUCACCGGCAUCUACACCACCAGCUCCCCAGAGGCCUGUCAGUACAUCGCCCGGGACAGCCGUGCCAACGUCAUCGUGGUCGACACGCAGAAGCAGCUGGAGAAGAUUCUGAAGAUCUGGAAGAAUCUACCGCAUCUGAAAGCCGUGGUGAUGUACCGGGAACCCCCUCCUAAGCCGAUGGCCAACGUGUACACGAUGGAGGAGUUCAUGGAGCUGGGAAAAGACGUGCCCGAGGAGGCCCUGGACGCCAUCAUCGCUGCCCAGCAGCCCAACCAGUGCUGCGCGCUGGUCUACACCUCGGGCACCACUGGCAACCCCAAGGGCGUGAUGCUGAGCCAAGACAACAUCACGUGGACAGCCCGCUACGGCAGCCAGGCGGGUGACAUCCAGCCCGCGGAGGUCCAGCAGGAGGUGGUGGUCAGCUACCUGCCCCUCAGCCACAUUGCCGCCCAGAUCUACGACCUGUGGACGGGCAUCCAGUGGGGGGCACAGGUCUGCUUCGCCGAGCCCGACGCCCUGAAGGGCAGCCUGGUGAACACCCUGCGCGAGGUGGAGCCCACGUCCCACAUGGGGGUGCCGCGGGUGUGGGAGAAGAUCAUGGAGCGCAUCCAGGAGGUGGCGGCUCAGUCUGGCUUCAUCCGGCGCAAGAUGCUUCUGUGGGCCAUGUCGGUGACCUUGGAGCAGAACCUCACCUGCCCUCACAGCGACCUGAAGCCCUUCACGAGCAGGCUGGCGGAUUACCUGGUGCUGGCCAAGGUGCGCCAGGCGCUGGGCUUCGCCAAGUGCCAGAAGAGCUUCUACGGGGCGGCCCCCAUGACGGCCGAGACACAGCACUUCUUCCUGGGCCUCAACAUCCGCUUGUACGCGGGCUACGGCCUCAGCGAGACCACGGGGCCCCACUUCAUGUCCAGCCCCUACAACUACCGGCUCUACAGCUCAGGCAAGGUGGUGCCAGGCUGCCGGGUGAAGCUGGUGGGCGAGGACGCCGAGGGCAUCGGUGAGAUCUGCCUGUGGGGCCGCACCAUCUUCAUGGGCUACCUGAACAUGGAGGACAAGACGAGCGAGGCCAUCGACGCCGAGGGCUGGCUGCACACGGGCGAUGCCGGCCGCCUGGACGCCGACGGCUUCCUCUACAUCACCGGACGCCUGAAAGAGCUGAUCAUCACGGCCGGCGGAGAGAAUGUGCCCCCUGUGCCCAUCGAGGAGGCGGUAAAGACAGAGGUGCCGAUCGUCAGCAAUGCCAUGCUCAUCGGGGACCAGAGGAAGUUCCUGUCUAUGCUGCUCACCUUGAAGUGCACUCUGGACCCGGACACCUCGGACCCCACGGAUAACCUGAGCGAACAAGCCUUGGAGUUCUGCCAGAGGGUGGGCAGCCGGGCCACCACGGUGUCGGAGAUCGUGGGGCGGCGGGACCAGGCCGUGUACCAGGCCAUCGAGGAGGGCAUCCAGAGAGUGAACAGCAACGCGGCCGCCCGGCCCUACCACAUCCAGAAGUGGGCCAUCCUCGAGCGGGACUUCUCCAUCUCGGGCGGAGAGCUGGGUCCCACGAUGAAACUGAAGAGGCUCACGGUCCUGGAGAAGUACAAAGACAUCAUCGACUCCUUUUACCAAGAGCAAAGAAAGUAG